CGCGCAGUUUGCAUCAGCUGUUGGUGUUUCAUGCCUUUAAUGUACACCGGGUUAAAAUUUACGAAAUGUCAGCUCUGAGAGGAAUACAUAAGCAAAGGAGUCUUGAGUCGAUGAGCUCUUCUUUUACUGCCGUUUUCACUUCGGUUCGUGCGCAACAAAACGAAAAAGCUGUGAAACUUGCGUUCUAUAACACGGCUGCUCUGGUUUUCGUGUCCCUUAGUGGAUGUGCUGCAGUUGCAGUUUAUUAUGUUUUAGAACCUUUCUUACGUCCUCUGCUAUGGGCUGGGCUGUGUGGCGCUUUUUUAUAUCCUUUUAAGUGGAAAUUGACGCAGAUAGUUCGAGGAUUUCUUCGUUCUUUGCGAGAAUCUCACACUCCAUUAGUGCUUGGUGCAAUGGUGAUACCUUUUCAGUUGGCCAACAAAUCGUCAGACGUAGUUGGGUCUUUUGUCGUACGAAGGAGCCAUAUUUUUGCCAUAUUUUGCCUAACUGCAGUUAUUGCCUAUGUUUUGUACAUUAUUAAGCCAUUUUAUGAGAUUGUGUGGAUUUUAAAGGGAUCUGGAACAGCUGUUCAUGGCCUUUUGGACUUCUUUAAUAAUCCAUAUCUGGUCUGGACUGUUAUAAUUGGUUACAUUUUAAGUCUGAUAUUCCUCUGGACACCAAGCUCCUCUGGGGUCAUCUCAAUGUUUUCUCUUCCUGUGUGGAUUAUGUUUCUGCUUCAUCUUGUAUCACUCACUGGAUCUUACAGGAUUCUAUUUUUUAUGCUUCUUGUAAUCUGUUCAGUUGUUGGAUGUAUUACAGGAGUCUCAGAGGGGCAAGAUCAAGUUGAUAGUAAGAAAGUUGGGGAAAGUAAAAGACAUAAUCUUAUGAGACGCCUGUCAGUGGCAGCUGCUGCUCUGGUUACCUCCUUGCCAACCUCAGAUUCUAAUGAAUCCUAUAAUAAGAAUGGCAGAGGGUCAUCUACAAGCCUUACUACACCUCCGUCAGCCACAUCCCCCAAUGAUGAUGAAAAUGGUCAGGAUUCUGUAGAAGGAAAAGUCUCUUCAAAGCUUCGAAAGGCUAAGAUUUGGAGACCAAAGCAGUCAAUUAAGAUUAAAGAAGAAGCAAAUUGUGAGGGAAAAAGUCGUGUUUAUUUUGUGGCUCUUUUCUGGGGAAUUUUUCUCUCAAGACUGUGGCUUCAUUGGGACUUUAUUAUGAUUUUCAUAAUACCAGUCACACUGUAUGGUUUAAAGCAGCUUCUGGCUUACUGGAGCUCCUCAAUCUGUUCAAGUUCUCCAGCACUCUAUCUUCAUUAUCUAUGGAAAAAUUUCAAAAGUUGGACUGAUGAGAGGAGACCAGCAUUGGUUCCAACCCCACUUAAUGGAUUGUUCAAAGGAGGAAUGAAAGUAGAUCGUGCUAUCAACAACAUAAUGGACAAAUCAAUGGAAAACAUAAUAAGUAUCUUUAUGGUGCUGUUCCUUUUUGUGGCAUUCUCUGUCAUCACAGCCUUUUUUGCAGUGAAGGUUCACCAUGAGAGUGCACAACUGGUGUCUGUAAGUGCCAACUUAGUGAACAAAGUGAUGGCUGACAAUCCUCAGCUUGUCAACUGGAUUCAGGAAAAUGAGGAACUGAAGAAAACAUUGGGAUCAACUGUGGAGAGAUCAUACAUGCAUGGAAGAAAGUACAUUGCUGCCAAGAUUCAGUCCAUGUUUGGUGACAGCAAUUCCAGUGCACUCCAAGAGGAAGUGCUAGACUUUACUGAUCACAUUUAUCACUCAUGGAUUAAUUGGGGUAAUACUUCGACAACAAAGGAAUUAUCAAAGAAUGGAACACUUACAACAGACAUACCAAGCCACAAUAACAUGAGUGCAGCUAUCUCCUGGAAAAAUGUUAUGCACAUUUUUAAUGUGUUUGAUUUUCGAGUAUCUUUCUCCUUGAUCAGAGAAAAUCUUGGCACUCUCAUUUCUCUACUGGAGUCUGUUUGGAUGUUUUUCAAGGGGAACAUCAGUUUUGCCUUUAACCUUGUUACUACAAUGUUGUCCAUUGUGUUCUUCAGUGGUGCAUACCUUCUGAACACUGGCAUAUCAAUGAUUAUUUUUGUCACUGCAUUGUUUUACCUGUUGAGUACCUCUGGUGAACAGUACAAGCCUGUUGAGUGGUUUGGCAAACUUACAGCAACUGGUACAUCUGGGUUUGGAGAUUCUGCUUAUGGAGCCAUCAGGGAUGUAUUUGGAGCAGCCAUUAAAAUGGCAGCCUUUUAUGGUGUCUACACCUGGUUGACCCACACCACAUUUGGUGUUAACAUUAUAUACAUCCCAUCAGCAAUUGCAGCCAUUACAGCUGUUGUUCCGUUUAUUGGCACUUAUUGGGCAGCAGUACCAGCUGUACUUGAAUUGUGGUUAAUCCAGGGACAAGGAAUAAUGGCAGCUGUGUUAGCAGUCUGUCAUUUCUUACCCACGUACUUUGUAGAUGUUGCCAUCUACAGUGAGAUCAGUGGUGGAGGUCACCCUUACUUGACUGGUUUAGCUGUGGUUGGAGGUAUCUAUUGUGUUGGGCUGGAGGGAGCCAUCAUGGGACCAAUAAUACUUUGUUGUUUGAUAGUCGCAUUCAAUGUGUACAGCCGUAUGCUUGGUCACAGCAGUCCUGUACCUGAUCCAGAAGUUCCAUCAGCCACAAGUGACAUGCAACAAAGUACACAACACUCACAGCAUAAAGAUGAUCAAGAGGGAAGUGGCAAGGCCCUGACAGUCUCUUAGAUCAUAGCAGGAAGUUAUCAAUUUUAAUUAAUAAAGAAUGUUAACAUAAUAUGAUGUUAGAGUACUUUAAAUUUUGAGAAUUAACAUUGAAUAAAAUCAUAACUAUGAUAUAUGCCAGAAAA